AUGAAGCAACAGAAAGAAACUGUAGGAGCUUGUUCGGUAUUGGCUCUCAGCCGCCAAGGCUCAAUGCCGCACACAAAUUAUUCUUCUCACGAAGACAUUCAACGAAAAUUCUUGCCUUAUUACAACCCUGAUAACAUGAGUUACCCUACCUCAAUGAUAGAGCCGCUCUCUAUUUCGGAGGGUAAUUACUAUUAUUACCCUCCAUUGUUUUCGUUUGGCCCACCAGCCUCCAACAGUUUAUCCCCUGAUUCUUCUGAAACUUGCUCAGAUUUGGACCUCAAUGAUAGUUUCUCUCCAACCUCUCCGCCUUCUGGUUUUACAAGUCCUUCUUUGACAAUUAAAAUGGAGGCCUCACAUCAGGGUUCAUUACAUCAUGAUCAAGACUAUAAUGUCGCAAUGACAUUGGCCAAAGAUAUGCCAAUGAGCCAUUUGUCCCCGUACUCUACACAAGGACCAAUGAUUUCGCCUUUAGCGGAUUGUUUUUCUAUUUCUGCUACUGCGGAAUCUCCUUUUGUUGGUGUCAUUCAAUCAUCUCCGGUUACGCAAGGAAAAAUUUCAAACACAACCACCGAUCAGUUGUUUGAAAUGGAUACAAAAUCCUUUUUUCCUGCCGCUUUGGAUGCCCGAGAUUAUUUUGGCACCGAUAAUUCAGCCUCGGAGGCCGCACGCCGUAAAUCACUUGAUGAUGCUAUCUUUCUACGCAAGAUUGCUUCAACUCCAGUGAAAUCCGAAGUUGCAUUCCAACAGCACAAUCGCCGCAAAUCUUUACCUGGUGACUUGACUCAACGUCUCCAUAUCGAAACAUUGUCGUCAUCCACCAAACAGCAAAGAAAAUCUACUAAAUCACUCGCCCCUUUCGCAUGUCCUCAUGAACAUUGCCCAAAAACAUUUACACGGCAAUAUAAUUUAAAGUCACAUCUUCGCACCCAUACAGAUGAGAGACCCUUUGUCUGUAAUUAUCCUGGAUGUCCACGUGCCUUUGCUCGACAGCACGAUCUCAAACGUCAUCAAAAACUACAUCUUGGAUUAAAACCUCACGUAUGUGGUAAUUGUGGUCGUGCCUUUGCCAGAUUAGAUGCUUUGAACCGCCAUUUACGAAGUGACAAUGCGACCCAGUGUGCUCAAGCUACACUGGCUGGUUCAGCUAGUAAAUUGUUCAAAUCG